AGUACAUCUACUUUUCCUGAUGGCAACAUUUUCAAGACCAGUUGACCUCAGAAACCAGCCUGCGAGGGUCACGAGCCACUUCUAUCAGGAUCAAACAGAGCACGAAAUAAGAAAUGGAGAUCUUGCCAGAAGAGAUGCUAGAAGCGAUAGGGAGAUAUUUAACAGUAAGAGAUCUCCUGGCAUGCUCCGCUGUGAAUAGAAAGUGGAGGGAAGCUCUAAACCAGGAUUCCGUUUGGAGAACUCAUUGCCACCAAAAUGCAGAAGAACAUAUUAGGCUCACUCCUCAAAAAUUGGAGCCUAACUUCGUAAUACCUUUGAACGCGGAUGUUGAUUUAAGUCCUAUUUGCAAAUGGAGACAAGCGUACAUGCGAGAAGUCCACAUCAGAAGGAACUGGAGAAGAGGGAGGUUUCACCAACGACGGCUCGUAGAUCAAUCCAACAGCAUGUAUCCUCCUGUCUAUACCGAUGACGGCGAGGAUGAAGACAAUAAUCCAUUUAAAACCAAGUUUCACGUAGACUUUUUCACAAACGAUAUAAUGGUGGUAUUGACAGAAGUUAGUAUAGAGCUCUGGAGUUUAGAGAGUGACCCGAUAGUGAACCUCAGUAAACUGCUACAUCACGUCCCUACACAUGUAUUCUCAGGCUUUAGAAGGAUUGAGACUGACAAUCCAGGCAUGGUUCUCGUUCACUACAACGGUGUUCAAGUCUUUUUUAUGGAUCCAAUUAGUAAUUCUCUAACCCUCCAACAUAUGUUUUACUUCGACGAAGAAAUAAAAUUGCCGCGAAUGACAUGUGAUGUUAUAAAACAGAUGUUCAUAUAUGAUCAAUACACUUGGCGAUAUAGUGAGUACUUCGUAGUGGAUAGUUUAUUUUUAGGGAUUACUAAAUACAAAGAGACCAAACUACAUGUGUGGGAUCUUGAAGGUGGGGUUAAAGUGCGUGAAGAAGAUUGCCCUGUUAACGUGGAAUACAACAUAAUUGACCUGAAGGCGUCCAGAACCGAUGGUGACGUGUUGGUGGUCUUUGCGCAGCUAGACGACAGCCCUGCAAAUGAAAAAAGGCUAGGCGUAUGUGGUAUUCGGUUUACGGCAGGGUUUUACCAUUUUUUCGUGUACAGCACAAAAAGACUCAGAUUUCUCCCUUAUCAUCAUAGCCGAUGGAUUAGAGUCGGGUACGCCUCAACAAUUCAAAAACCCUACAUCGCUGUGUGUGACCACGAAAAGAUAGAUCUAUACAACUAUCUGUCGUCAGAGAGAGUGAACACGUUUUGGUUUAGAUUGGAGCAUGCAAACUGCCUUGGCGUAACUGAAAGAAGUAUAGUUUGUCUACAUGAGAAAACACUACGAGCGUUUAUUACAACGAACCGUACUGUAGUCGAAACUAAAGGAAAUGUGCAAAUGUUUUCUGUGAUUCACGGAAACUUCGUGGAUAUCACGACAGCACGACAGAACGGGAUAUGGGAGAUUGGUGAAACUGCGAUUAUCAGGACCGGAAUUAGUUUACCUAGAGGAUGCACCCAAGUGGUAGCAAAUACUGCAGGCACUAAGCUACUCGUCAGGCAACUUUCGAAUGAAAAAACUUUACUUCUCAUGUUGAACUUCUGGUAGGAACAAAAAGCUAAAUCUAAUAAGACUGAUUUGUUAUAAAACAAACCAAUAUUAUAAAAACAAUACAAAAAUUUAUAGUUAGUGCUUUUAGCAACACUUUACUAACCAUUUUUGAAGAUAUCAAAUGUUUAGACAUUUAGUAAACAUUUCUCUUUCAUGUUACGUAAAAUGUAUUGUAUUUUAUAUAUUAACUUUUUAUUGUGACGAUGUCAACUGUUACAAGUUAUUUUAAAUCAUUUUAAAUUAUUGAUAUGUCGUGUUGAUGUAUAUAAAGUACUGUAAUCUCGUAUACGUACAAUGCUAUUUCCAUAACUUGUGUUACAUGUAACUUAAUGGAAACAAGCAACUUGUAAAUUAAGUUUAAUGUAAUUUGAAUUUCUUGUAUGUAUUUUAGCAUAUAUAAAUACUUUUUUAAGCGUCUGCAUGUAACAUUUUAUUGACAUUUUAAUUAAGAUUUAUGUUCAAUUCGUAAUUGUAUUAAUGUAUUUAUGAUACUGAGGUUUAUAAACUCAAUCAAACUAUUCAUUAAUGGAACUUACAGGAAUCGGAAUGUUUUUCGAAUAUAAUAAGACUGUUUGUUAAUGAAUAAUGUUAUUUUAAUGUAUUGAAAUCAUUGUUAUAUUAAUAAAAUUUCUUAAAUUCAA